AUGAGGCUAUCCAUUCCGUGUGUCCACCUCUUACUACUGGUUGCCAUAGCAGUAGGAAGCCUUGGAGCUCCUACCUAUGUUGCCGGAAAACUAGAAAUUGAAGAUGGUUAUCUAGACAAACACAUCAUGUAUAGCAAGAAUGGUUAUCCACCACCACAACAUUCCCCUCCGCCCUCGGUCCACCCUCCACCAUCUCGUGGAUAUCAACCACCUCAGACUCCUCUUACACCACCACCUUACCAUAGCCAUCCUCCAAAGCAUACUCCACCUUCAAAAGGUAAUACCCCACCACCUUCCUAUGGCUCUCCUCCACCACCCGUAGGCCAUAUUCCACCACCACCCUUUGGUGCUCCCCCUCCCUUCCACCGUUAUCCACCACCGCCCUUCCAUGGCAAUCAGCCACCAAGACAUGGUCAUGCUCAUGCACCACCUCCCAAGCAGUAUACACCUCCUGGCCAACAUCAACCACCGUCUCAUCACCAUCUUCCACCACCAACACAUCAUGGACAUGUUCCACCAUCUCGCGGCCGGCAACCUCCUAGUCCUACACCUUCCCACAGCAGCUAUCCACCGCCCUCUACUCCGAGUUACUCUCCACCACCACAAAGCCAUCAACCACCUGGUCAUCAUCACCAUCAGCCGCCGUCUCAUGGACAUCAUAAGCAUCCGCCACCAUCUCAUCAUGAACAUAAGCAUCCGCCUCCCACACACCAUCAUGCGCCACCAUCUCAUGGACAUCAGCCACCUAGUCACCACCAUACACCACCUAAGCAUGGCCAUGCACCGCCAAAUCAUAAACACACGCCGCCAUCUCCCAGCUCUCCACCACCUUCUCAAUCUCCACCUUAUGCUGCGCGGCCUCCACCAGCUACUUAUAAGUCACCUCCUCCUCCUCAAGGGCAGCCACCACCACGGAGCCCAUACCAUGGCGGACGUUCACCUCUAAAGCAAAAGUCACCACCACCUUCGCCACAUUACGGGCCUCCACCUCCUCCAAACCCUCCAGCUCCAAGUCCUUACUUUCCCAACCUUAUCCCUUAG